CUCUUUCGUGUGCGGAGGUGAAAAUUAAAAAGCGUCCGUUAAACGUUGACAAUCCGCCAGAAAGUUCUCUGACGCUUGGUGAAAAAAGAAAUCAUGGAAGAUAUAAAGUUAAUCAACGAUCUACGUGAAUUAAACAAAAAUGAUUUUUACAUCACAUGUAAUGGGAAAAUUGUCCAGAGACAUGAAGAGAUUAAGGAAGGAAAUCUUUAUCGGAUUGUUCCCAGAUUACUUGGUGGCAAGGGAGGGUUUGGUUCAAUGCUAAGGGCCAUUGGAGCACAGAUUGACAAAACAAACAACCGAGAAGCCUGUCGAGAUCUCAGUGGACGGCGGAUGAGAGAUGUUAACAAUGAAAAGCAGCUUAAAGAGUGGGUUGCAAAAAAGGCAGAGAAAGAAAAAGAGCGAGAAGAAAAAAGAAAAGAAAGAAUGGAGAGAAGGCGAGCUGUACCAAACCAUAAAUUUGAUGACCCUCUUUAUGAUAAGCAAAGAGCAGUUGUGGCAGAAAAUCAAGAAGAUGCUCUCCAGAUUGGACUACGACGAGCGCAAAGUAAACAAAAAGCAUCUUGCACUAUAACAUCGGUGGAAGAGGCAGGACCUUCAGGGAGUGGACUGAAACGAAAGUCGGAGAGCAAGGGUGGACCCUGUAAAAAAGCCACCAAACACAAUGAAUGGCUUGGAAUUGACAUUGAGAAUUUAAGUGACCUGGACAGUGAAGAAGAAAGUGACUCAUCAAAUAGCGAAAAGUCUUCAGAGGACCAAAGUGUCAGUUCUAGUAGCUGCCAAGAACAGACUGAAGCCACCAGCAUUGAUCCUUCCCAAAACACAGCCUCAAAAUCACAAGUGACCCCAGAUAGCGAGGUGAACAUGGAGGAAACUCAGCAAACAUCCUCAGAUUCUUGCAAGGAGUCUAAGCAAGAGAGUACAGUUGGUCAGACAGACAAUGGAGGUCAGAGUUCAUCCUCCAGUAGCAGCACUGUAGAACCAGACAAAGGGUCAACAGAGACACAGGAGGACAAGCCAUUUGACUUUGAUGACUACAGCAGUGCGACAGAUAUGGAGGUUUUGGGACUUAAGAAGUUGAAGUCUCUCCUGAUAGAAAGGGGGAUGAAGUGUGGAGGAACCCUACAACAACGAGCGGAGAGGCUGUUCACUGUCAAAGGACUGGACCCAAAGGACAUUGAUCCAUCAUUGCUUGCCAAACCCUCUAAGGGGAAAGGAAAGAAAUAAAAGAGAGAAAAUAAAAAUUUUACAGACUUAAUGAUAUGAUGGAAGAUGGAAAUAGAAAAUAGCAAGUAGAGCAUGGGCUUCUGCUGCUACAAAUGACUUGGUAUUUUAAAAAUGGGUAAACAUGCAGCAAUGCAUUACAAUUCCUAUGCUUGUAUUCUUCAUGUUCUUUCAAUUGAAACAUUUUCAUAUGCUAAAUGUGUUAUAAAUAUGUACAUUAUGUCAAAAGGCAUACACAUAUGCCAGUACAUUUACUAUAAUUGUAAUUCAUCUUGUAAACUCCUAAAAAAGCUAAAAUGCUAUGAUACAAACACUGUGUUAAAAAUUUCAGCCAGAUAUAUAAUUGUUAAUUAAUUGGUAUUUUAGGUACCACAACAUAAUAUCAAUUGCUUCCACGCCUAUUUUCAUAUUUUGUGAUUUUUGAUUAGGAGAAAAAAGUUCCUCUAUUUCAUAUCUUGCAUUUAAAGAAAAUGCAUGACUUCUGCAUUGAAGUUUUGGCCUAAAAAGGUAGAGAUUGUGUUAUCUUAUAAUGUAUUUGUUCUAAAAUGUACAUACCGGUACAUGAAUAUGUACAUUUAGUAAGAUUGCUUCAAAAUUUCAUAGCCCAUCGAGGAAAUCAAAACUAUUUGGUGGAGUUGUGGUUUUAAAGUAUACUUCCAUGUUUUAACUGUAAAAUGUUGUUUGAUGAUGUCAUUAUAAUAAAUUUCUAAUAUGUACAUGGAUAAUGAAUCACUGAUUUGAGUCCUCUGGAAAUAAAAUAAAUUUUACAUGUAA